GUAUGAGAUGGUCUGUUGAACAGCAGGGAGACGCUGCAUGUGUUUACCGGUCAGCCGAUGAGGAUCGUUCACGCCGGCUCUCGAAUAUGGAAGCGUUCGGGGACUGAUCUACGGCACAUUUAUGUUCAGAAUGACUGAAGUGACAUCCUUGAAUUUACAUUCUUCUCAAGGCUUUUAGAGAAGAUCCUUUUGGCUUCUGGAGCCAGUCUUGUUUCCUCUUGAGGGAUGUAACAUUAAACGGACCGUAAGCAAAGGCAUAAAGGGGCUGAGUGACCCAAGCGUAGCUCUCACCUGGGGGAGGACCAGCACUCCCUCAUUCCCAUCAUCCCUUUAGCCCCCACUCUGAAGCAGCCAUGGCGCCACGGAAACGCGGGGGCGGAGGGCACGGCGUGUCCUUCUUCUUCUGCUGCUUCCAGAGCAGUGACCACCCAGAGAUCACCUACCGUCUGCGGGAGGACUUCGCCCUGCAGGCCAUGGAGCCGGCGCUGCCCAUCCCCAGCUAUGACGAGCUGGACGCCAUGUUCUCAGAGCUGGUGGAUGAGCUGGACCUCACAGAGAAGCACAGAGAGGCCAUGUUUGCCUUACCAGCAGAAAAGAAAUGGCAGAUAUACUGCAGCAAGAAGAAGGAGCAAGAGGAGAAUAAAGGUGCUACUAGCUGGCCAGAGUACUACAUUGACCAGCUCAAUUCAAUGGCAGCUAGGAAAACUCUGUUGGCCUUGGAGAAGGAAGAAGAGGAGGAACGCAACAAGACCAUUGAAAGCCUGAAAACGGCACUGCGGACACAACCAAUGAGGUUUGUAACACGGUUCAUCGAUAUGGACGGCCUGACAUGCAUCCUGAACUUCCUGAAGAGCAUGGAUUAUGAGACCACCGAGUCUCAGAUCCACACUUCCCUCAUCGGCUGCAUCAAAGCCCUGAUGAACAACUCCCAGGGUCGCGCUCACGUGCUCUCUCACUUCGAGAGCAUCAACAUCAUCGCUCAGAGUCUGGCCACCGAGAACAUCAAGACUAAAGUGGCGGUGCUGGAGAUCAUGGGUGCUGUGUGUUUAGUGCCGGGAGGCCACAAGAAGAUUUUGGAGGCCAUGUUGCACUAUCAAAAGUUCUCUUGUGAGCGCACACGAUUUCAGACAUUGCUGAAUGAUCUGGACAAAAGCAUAGGACGGUACAGGGAAGAGGUCAGCCUAAAAACGGCGAUUAUGUCCUUCAUUAAUGCUGUUUUAAGCCAAGGAGCUGGUGAAGCCAGCCUUGAGUUCCGGGUUCAUUUGCGAUACGAGUUCCUCAUGUUGGGGAUUCAGCCCAUCAUCGACAAACUCAGGUCACAUGAAAACUCUACUUUAGACAGGCAUUUGGAUUACUUUGAGAUGCUGAGAAAUGAUGAUGAGCUCACAUUAUCCAGGCGGUUUGAGUCUAUGCAUAUAGACACAAAGAGUGCGACACAAGUUUUUGAGCUUGUACGGAAGAAGCUGGCCCACACAGAUGCAUAUCCGCACUUUAUGUCUAUUCUUCACCAUUGCUUGCUUAUGCCUCAUAAGAGAAGUGGGAACACAGUGCAGUACUGGCUGCUCCUGGACCGCAUUGUCCAACAGAUGGUCCUGCAGAGUGACAAAGGUCACGACCCUGAUGUCACGCCAUUAGAAAACUUCAAUGUAAAGAAUGUGGUUCGAAUGCUUGUCAAUGAAAAUGAGGUGAAACAGUGGAAGGAACAGGCGGAAAAAAUGCGUAAAGACCACCAUGAGCUUCAACAGAAGCUGGAAAAGAAGGAGCGAGAGUGUGACGCAAAAACUCAGGAGAAGGAGGAGAUGAUGCAAACGCUCAACAAGAUGAAAGAGAAGUUAGAAAGAGAAAUGGGGGAACAUAAACUAGUCAAGCAGCAGGUGGCAGAAAUGACUUCCAGACUACAUCACCUCAGCACGAGACAAGUAGCCAGUGUUCCCGGAGGGCCUCCCAUCCCUGGUCCUCCAGGUGGCCCUCUCUUGCCCCCUCCACCUCCUCCACCUCCACCGGGUGGCAUGAUGCCUCCUCCACCACCUCCUCCACCGGGCAGUGCUGUGAUGCCGCCACCUCCACCACCGCCCCCUGGUGGCCCCCCGCCACCCCCUGGACGGCCUCCUUUCGGUGCAGCUCCGCCUCCGCCAGGAGCUCCCGUGGGACCGUCCCUGAAGAAGAAAAACAUUCCUCAGCCGUCCAAUCCACUCAAGUCCUUCAACUGGGCCAAGCUGUCUGAGAACAAGCUUGAGGGAACAGUCUGGGCAGACAUUGAUGACGGCAAAGUUUUCAAAAUUCUGGACUUGGUGGACAUUGAGAAGACUUUCUCUGCCUAUCAGAGGCAACAGGACUUCUUUAUGGUCAAUAACUGCAAGCAGAAAGAGACUGAAGACGAUGCGCUGAGCUCCAAGAAAGUCAAAGAGCUCUCUGUCAUCGAUGGCCGCCGGGCUCAGAACUGCAACAUCCUUCUCUCACGACUGAAAGUUUCCAAUGAGGAAAUAAAGAGGGCUAUUCUGACUAUGGACGAACAGGAAGAUCUGCCCAAGGACAUGCUGGAGCAGAUGCUCAAGUUUGUCCCAGAGAAGUGUGAUGUGGACCUACUAGAGGAGCACAAACAUGAGUUGGACCGCAUGGCAAAGGCAGACCGUUUCCUCUAUGAAAUGAGCAGAAUAAACCAUUACCAGCAGAGGUUACAGUCUUUGUACUUCAAAAAGAAGUUUGCAGAGAGGAUUGCAGAAAUUAAACCUAAAGUUGAAGCACUGUCCAAGGCCUCAAAAGAGGUGCUGCACAGUAGAAAUCUCAAGCAGUUGCUGGAGGUGGUGCUGGCGUUCGGCAACUACAUGAACAAAGGACAGAGAGGCAACGCUUACGGCUUCAAAAUCUCUUCACUCAACAAGAUUGCAGACACCAAGUCCAGCAUCGACAAGAAUAUCACUCUCCUACACUACCUGAUCACCAUUCUGGAGAAGAAGUACUCCAAAGUCGUGAUCUUCUCCGAGGAGCUGCCGAACGUGCCGGAAGCUGCAAAAGUAAACAUGACUGAACUGGAGAAGGAGAUCAAUAAUCUUCGCAGUGGCUUGAAGAGCGUAGAGAGCGUAAGUGCUGCAUGA